GCGUGAGCACAGGAAAGCAUUUCGAAGGACUAAAAUGAGCUUUUGUCUGUCGUCUGUCAUAAGAAAAAAAAAUCUAAACGUUGUUUUCACAUAAGUUGACUGCGCCGCGUUCACAGAGGGAAGCAGCGUCCUGCUGCAGUGAGCUUUGAUUCACAGGAACUCUGACACGCAGCAACAAAAGAACAUUUGACACUGAGAAAACUGUCAGGAGACACAGUGAAACAUCAUGACUACGCUGCUGGACCUAAAAAGUAGUGUGCUGAGGCAGGUGCAGAGGAGCCAGUCGCUAAGGAGCCGAAGGGAGCCUCCUCCUCCGACUGCCAGCAGCCCCCUCACACACUGUCCUGACCCCUUACCUCGCAGGAUUUCAGAGGAGAGCGUGGAGUUCUUUGAGCGUAUGAAUGCCAUCCUGCAGAAACAGGAGAACAUGAUGCGGGCGGCCCAGGCGGAGUGCCAAAGUGGGGCCUGCACAGUUCCACCACCCCAAGAGCAUGUGGACCAGGCCUUUAUCCCCGACAGAAUCAGCAGGACAGAGCUGGACCUGCUUUAUGAGGAAGCUGUGUACACGGUGGUCAACAGGGUUGGAGUGCCCUCACCCGAACAUGUGAAAAGUGACGAUGAGCUAUUUGCUUACCUGCUGAAGGUUUUUGAUAUGGGUGAGGAAGAACAUGAAAUCAUUCUCCAAAAAGUUCAAGAAUCCAAGAGAGCUAAUUUUUCCUUGAGAGUUUCUGUUAUGAAAGCAAAGAAUCUAAUGGCCAAGGAUGCAAAUGGCUACAGUGACCCGUACUGCAUGCUGGGCAUCCUCGUGGGCCAGAGCCCUCGGGAAACGGAGGAGAAGAAGGAGAGAAAGUUCAGCUUCAGGAAGAGGAAGGACAAGCUGGAGAAACGCUCCAGCACCAAGGAAGUGUUACCAGCCAGGUGUAUUCAGGUGACUGAGGUCAAACCUGAGACUCUGAACCCAGUGUGGGACGAGCACUUCGUGUUUGAAAUAGACGAUGUCCACAAUGACCUCUUACAUCUGGACAUAUGGGAUCACGAUGACGACGUAUCUGUUGCUGAGGCCUGCAAAAAGCUCAAUGAAGUCAGUGGACUUCGAGGAAUGGGCAGGUAUUUUAAGCAAAUAGCAAAGUCGGUGCGUGCGAAUGGAUCUGCAUCAUCGGGCUCUGAGGAGAAUGUAGAUGACUUCCUCGGAUGCAUCAAUAUUCCUUUGAAUGAAAUUCCCGUUAUGGGCUACGACACCUGGUUCAAGCUUGAGCCACGCUCGAGUGCAUCUAAAGUUCAGGGAGAAUGUCACCUGAUUCUGAAGCUCUUCACCAGCCAGAGAGACACAGCUUUGUCUAAGAAGGAGACAAAUGUCUCCAUUCACAAGAAACUGCUGAGUCAGAUUGUGGAGUAUGAGCAUGCUCAUGUUAAGCGAGAGCCGUACAACUGGAACGGGCAGGUUUCUCCUCCAGCAUGGACUGUGCUAACUCACCAUGCUGUGCAAACUGAUCUCUCACCUCUGCAACAGGCUAUUAUUCGCUGGCAGUGCUACAGCAGCCACCAUCGGACCCAGAGGGUGUGCUACUCCCUGCUGCUGCGCCUCCUGAGGACUAUCGAUGCAGAGUGGGACCCUCCCGCUGUGCGGGGAGACCUAGAGAGGCAGCUGUCAGACAGCUUCAGGCUGUACACAGAGCACUGCCUGUGCCUGAUGAAGAACAUGCGUCAGGUUUUCCCCUGCACCAGCGCUGCUGCCAUUACACGCUACGAGCUCAUGCUGAGGGGGAUUGGGUACAUGCAAAACAUGCGUGCCUUUAAGACUGUGUGUCCUCUUCGAAAUGACCUGCAUCUCGACAUCACUACUGCUAUUAAGAAAGGAACUGCUGAGUGGUACGAGAGCUUAAUCACUCGAUAUAAACCAGAGGAAGGAACUCUGGAGGAACAGCUGAAGAAGCUGGUUCAGGUGAUUGAUGCUGCAUGUGCAGAUGUCCAGAGGGCCCAGAACAUCUACAAUAAACUUUUCUACAGUGCAGUGAAAGUAGAUUUCUUCAGCAUAUCAUACAGACUGUUGGAAAAGCAGGUAGCUGAUGAUGUGAACGUGGCGAUGGAGCGGGUGUGUGGGACUCUCGAGCAGGAGAGCUCCAGACUGUCUCAGACAAUGGGAGAGACCAUCUUCGAGCUCUUCGUGUCCUUGAAAAUCCUCAAAGGCUUUCGAGAGUUUCUUCCUCUCAAGGAUGCUAAAAUGUUGGCCUUGACAGGUUUCCAUAACUGGUUCAAGUCCUCAAUUCACAAGUGGCUGCAGAUUGUUCACGACAGGUCCUGUGACAGGAUUCGCAAGGCAGUGGAAACAGAUAAGCUUGGACCUUUGCAGCAAGCCAAGCACAGUUCCUCAGCAGUUGAAGUGACAGCUUGCUUCAGCCAGGUACGCGAGAUCUGGGUCCAGCUGGCCUGGCCAGACUCUGCGGGGGCCUUCAUCUUUGUCACACGUUUGACAGACAAUUUCUGCAGUGAGGCCGUGUGCUACUCAGAGAUGAUAACGCACAAGAUUGAGAGGAACCAGCUGGGCCGAGACCACAAGAGUUUCACAGUGCAGCUCUGCAUCGCCCUGAACAACAUAGAGCAUGUGCGUGUUUUCCUGGGUCACCUGCCCCGGGACCUGGACUGGCAGGGUGUGGAGCGCGCCAUGGAGGAAUCAUGCGGGGUGGAGGGGAAAGAGCAGGUUUACAAGGCUCUGAAUGGACAGCUGUUCAACAUGGACCUGGACCUGCAGAGAGAAGCUAAACGCCUCAUCACACUGCUCACUGACAAGAUGCUGCCUGAGCUGCGGAGGUACAUCCAGCACAUCAGCCUGUCUCCUGACUCCAUCAACAAUGAUGACGCUGUUUCCCCUCUCAUGAAGUACUUACAAGACACUAUGGUCAUCCUGACAGAAAACCUUGUAAAAGAAAAUCUAACAAGAGUUCUCCAGAGCAUGUGGGAGCUCCUCCUGCGGAUGAUCCUGGACACGGUCACUGAAAACAGGGGUGUCCAGGUGGAGUUUUACAACCGCUUCCAGUACACAGUAGAGACUCUGUUGCAGUUCUUUCAUGCUAGGGGAGAGGGUCUUUUCCUGGAAGACAUGAAGAGCGGAGACUACAAGGUCUUGGAUGAGGAGCUGAGGCUGAAUAAAUGUUCAUCCUUUGAGCUGAUUGAACAGUACUAUCUGGAGAAGAUUUCCCACCAGAAAACUCUCAAACAUACACGUUACGGUCGGAUCAGCGUGAAGUGCUACUAUGAUGCUCCAGAGCAGCGCCUGACAGUGGAGAUCCUGCAUGCUGCUGAUAUCAUCGCACUGGAUGCCAAUGGUCUGAGUGAUCCCUUCGUCAUAGUGGAGUUAUGUCCUCACCACCUGUUUCCUAUGGCCAAGAGUCAGCGCACGCAAGUGAAGCUUAAGACGCUGCACCCAGUGUUCGAUGAGCUCUUUUACUUCCACGUCAGUCCUGAACAGUACAGGCACAGGUUUGCCUGUUUGACCUUUACUGUGAUGGACUACGAUUGGCUGUCCACCAACGACUUCGCUGGAGAAGCCGUCGCUCCUCUCAGCGACUUCUGCUGGCCGGGGAGACCGAACGCCUCAGCGGCUGGCAAGAGCGUCCAGCCUGUCAUUCUGCAUCUGUCUCGCAGUAAACCCAGCGAGAAGCCAAUCAUGGGGAUGCUGGAAGCUCGCGUCGGGGACCGGGAGGCUCAGGAGUUUGUCCGCAGGCUGAAAGAGAUUGAGAAGUCAAUGGAGGAAGAGUAAAGGGUGACAGCGCUGCCUGUGUUGGUGUUUUCUGACCACGUCUUGCGACAUGUGCUUUUGUACUGGUACAAUGUUUACACUAUUGAAAUUAUUUUUUCCCCUCCCUGAUGUAUUGUUUGUUCAGUAAUUAUACCAAAAUGAAAAGAAAAGGAAGACAGUGAAGCAUAUUUCUGUUUUCUUACUGAAUGAACGUCCUGUCACUGUGCAACUCGAUGCUGUCUCAGUUAAACUAUAUUUUAGAAUUCAGUGGAUAGCUGAUCCUAAAUGUUACUAGUCUAUAUUUUUUGUAAUGAGGUAAUCGUUAUCUUUGUUGUAUACUCUUUGAUAUGAUAGAUUUAACAUUUUAGAACUAUUUUGUGGAAGUAGCUUACACAUCCAAUAGUAUUUAGUCAAAGUCUAUACCUCAGAUAUGCUCAUUAGUUGAAGGGAAGUUUGACAUUCUUCAUGACUUUGUGGAGAUAAAUUGUGGGAAGGACUAUUAAGAAAGUAAAACCGUGAACCCGCAUUUAGUUUCCAUUUCAUAAGUUGAAUUUUAAAUAGAAAUUUGUAGUAGAACUCAUGAAAACAUAAUGCACAGCUUUGGGAAACUGCACCAGUCAUUCACUCAGCAGCAGCAGGAGCAGCAGGAGGAGCAGCAGGAAGGCUUAACGUUCCCCUGAGGCACACGCCACAGCUCGGGUUCAUUCAACUUUUCAGAUUGUUCCUCACAAAGAUUGUGAUGGGUCAGUGAAGAGACCAAAGACAGUGCUACCUUAGUGCUGGAAAGCUCUAUCAUUUGAACUCCUUCCCGUAUUUUGUGCGACACCACUUGCUCAACUGACAGAUUAACUUUACAGACAUGGCGCCAGAAACAAAUGUAUCCUCCGUGUACAAAAGGUUGAAAUGUUAGUGGAUGCUCAUUAAAAUAUGGACAAACUUUCAGAUAAUGAGGGCAUCAUAUGUGUAGCUAAUCCCUAACACUCAAUUUCAGACACUUUUUUCUGCUUUUCGAUCUGACAUGAUGUCACUGAGAGGGAUAUCUAUAAUAUGGUCAUCUCAGCAUAGAAGCUUUCCCCAUCUGAUGUACAAAGCUUUUGUUUCCAAGAGGCAGCCAAUCAGUAGAAAGUUGGCAAAGUGAGAGGAGCUUAAAGAGCUUGUUCAUCCAGAGAUACUCUAGUAGAGUCCAAGAAUAAAGAUGCAGUUAUGAAAGAGUAUAAGAGGUUCCUGCUAAACAGACAGUUGGUUCAUUUAGACAGCAGGUAUCCCAAGGAGGAAAUAACUCCUAAUAACAUUUGUACUCCAGAAGUUCAGCGUUAUUAAGAAGUCUGGUUUAUGGUAGGGGAUGUUGUUACAUUAAUGCGUCACACACAUGUCGACUUAUUAGUCACUUAUUAUUACGAUCUGAUAUCCAAGGCAGUGUGGUUGGGAGAUGGAGAGUAGAGCUUAUGAAAACAGCAGCACUGAACUCGCUGCACAUUCAAAAUUCUAAUCUAGGAGCGAGCUAUUGAAAAGCACAGUCAGGAGAGCAAUGGUAAAAAGUGGUGUCCCUCUCUGUUACCUUAGUAAUGCUUUUAUCCACAUCUUCUCAAGUGUGGAAAAUCAUGCAAUCAAGCCCACUCACCACCAAAAGACUUUCACUGCAUCUGCAAGGCCGCUGGGAAUUGCAGAGUGGAAUUGCAAAGAACAGUCGAAAGAGAGAGGCAGGACACCUUUUUAAAGUUUUUGUUAUUAAACAUGAUAAAUUAGUUGUUGUUUUUUUCAACUGAGUACAUGUGAAAUCCUUAAUAACUAUUACUCUUUGCUACAUCAGAUCUAGAUCAAUCUGAUGGGUGGGGGAAUAUAUCCCCUGACACUCUCAAAAAGUAAUACACUUUGUGGCACAGUGUGUGGCCCUAAACCUCGAUGAAAGAGGUUAAAAAAAUAUUCAUUAGGUGAAACAAUAGUGUUCAGAAAACCAUCAAACAUCAAAAGAUCUCCAUUGAUCACAUUUGAACUCAUCGUAGUCCUUUUGCGAGGAAAAGAAAUGAACAUUAUGUCGUGUUCUGAAGUUUAAUCUCUUGAGGUCAAAAGGAAAUAAGGUUAAUGAACCUGCGCAGUGGCUUAAUCAUACUUAAGGGGUAAAGAAAGCUCUCCUUACCAGCAGCUGCUCUCAUGUGGCUGACAGAAAUAACACUAGCCAGUCUCUCAAAGCUGUGCCAGUAACUGAGAGGUUAGGAUGUUAAGGUGAGGGUUAAAACCACACCCAGAAAUCCAGCCACUAUUUAUCUUGUUAACCACAUGGGAUUGUUGUUAUAUUUUUAUGCAAUUUAAAGAUUAACAAACCAUUUUAUUUAAAAAAAUAUAUAAUAAUGGAGUAUUCUCAAUUUCACACUCAUUUAAUUCUAAAGGGCUCGUUUCCUAGGAAGGUUGAAAUAAAAAAUUAGCCAAUUAUGCUUUUAAAAAGAGGCUUUUUUAGUAAACCUCAUAUUUACUUUUAAAGGGGAGGUUGUGGAUUAAUGAGCUUAAUUUCAGUCUUUAGUGUUAGAGGUCUGGUGACAUUGAGAAUAAUAUCAACAACUCAAGCCAUCUUUCAGCAAACAAAAUUUUUAAAAAGGAACAAAACAUUGAAAACGAGCGGAGUACUUUGCAAAGAAAUCAGCCGCCCCUCAUUUAUUUGACUUUUGCUAGGAAAUUGAGAAAUACAUGCAGACAUUUGUUGAAACAUGUCUUAUCACACCUGGAAAUACAACAUAUUUUAGAAGUCAGUACUCGCUAUGACCACCUUUAUUCUUCGACACAAGCCAAAUUCUCUUAAAGAAAAAACAA